UGCGAAAGGAAAUUCUCACCGCGCAGACUCGUACAAAAUGGCGACCCGAAGUUAUGAAGUCGAUGCGGUUCACUCGCUUUUACCGAUCGAUAUUAAUGGAGGAUUCGGAGUUUUCGGGGUCUCUUGUGCAGUGCACAUAUUUCGUGAACUCUGGCUCCAGUUUAGUGAAAAAAUCCUAAAAAGUGUUGUUUUGAAGCUGUUACAUCAUUGUGAAUUUGCGAGGCUUCUAAUAGGAUUGCGAAAUGUGUUUCAAAUCACGCAGUACAUAAGCCCGGCGUGAUCCAACCCCCAUCCUCUCGAACCUGUAGAGGGCUCCAAUGGUACUGGUGAAGAGCAGGGACGAAGACUACAUCAUGAACUCUGCAGUCAGCACAGAAUCUAUUGACAUGCCUGAUGAGGACAUGUCGCAAGUGGACGGUUGCGGUCUGAGCGGUGCGUCGGACGAUGAGGACGAGUGCGCGUCGUCCCCUGCCGGGUCGGCGUACGACGACGGCGCCGACAUCAUGAAGACGGCGCUCAGCGACGAGGUCACUAAGCAGCUCGCCGCCGCCGGUCCCGUCGGAAUGGCAGCAGCGGCCGCCAUCGCGUCAUCAAAGAAGAGGAAGAGACCGCACUCGUUUGAGACUAACCCCUCCGUCAGGAAGCGACACCAGAACCGCCUGCUCAGGAAACUCAGGCAAACAAUAGAAGAAUUCGCAACCCGCGUCGGCCAGCAAGCCGUCGUGCUGGUGGCGACCCCCGGCAAGCCCAACACGUCGUACCGCGUGUUCGGCGCCAAGCCGCUGGAGGACGUGGUCCGCAACCUGCGCUGCAUGAUCAUGGAGGAGCUGGAGAACGCGCUGGCGCAACAGUUCGGUGUGGGCGCGGGGCAGGCGCCGCCGCCGCCGCAGGACGACCCUUCGCUCUUCGAGCUGCCUCCGCUCAUCAUCGACGGCAUCCCCACCCCCGUGGAGAAGAUGACUCAGGCGCAGCUGCGCGCCUUCAUACCGCUCAUGCUCAAGUAUUCUAUGGUGCGCGGGAAACCCGGCUGGGGCCGGGAGUCGACGCGGCCGCCCUGGUGGCCCAAGGACCUGCCGUGGGCCAACGUGCGCAUGGACGCGCGCUCCGAGGACGAGAAACAGAAGAUGUCGUGGACGCACGCGCUUCGUCAGAUCGUGAUCAACUGCUACAAGUACCACGGCCGCGAGGACCUGCUGCCCGCCUUCACCGAGGACGACGAUCAGAAACCUACGCAGCCCAUAUCGGCCUGCAUGCCGUCCGCGUCGUCCAACUCGUCGCGCGGCUCGCCCGGCCGCGCCGCGCCCGCCGUGCUGGCCAGCCAGCAAGUGUGCAUCGACCAGAUGACGCUCACCGACGUCGAUAUGUCACAAUACGCGCCAGCGGUGCUACAGACCAUAACCAACCCGGACGGGUCCGUGUCUCUCGUGCAGAUCGACCCCUCGCACCCCAUCAUCACGUUGCCGGACGGCACCACGGCGCAAGUGAUCCACUCUGGCGAAGGCGGCGCAAGCGGAGUUGUCCAAACACUGGACGGCGAGUCGGUCGCAGUCGACCUCAACGCCGUGGCCGAGGCCACGCUCAACCACGACGGGCAGAUCAUUCUCACCGGCGAGGACGGACAUGGGUACCCAGUGUCGGUGUCGGGCGUGAUCACGGUGCCCGUGUCGGCGUCCGUGUACCAGUCCAUGGUGGCGUCCAUGCAGCAGCAGGACGGCGUGUGCGUGGCGCCGCUGGUGCAGGUCGAGCAAAACGGCGAAGGCCUAGAAGCGCUGGGGAUGGGCGGCGGCGUGGCGCAAGUCAUGCUGCAGGGCGGCGACGCGCAGGUGCUGCAGGUGCUCAGUCUCAAAGACGCCACCGUGCUCACCAAGGCCAUGCAACAAGUGAAAGCGGAGCGCGACGCAGUGGUAGCGGACUCCUAGCUGCUAACCCUGGUGGCGCAGGCCGACUCCGACUCGGAGCUGGGCGAGGAGCGCGCGUAGCGGCCGCCGCGCCCGCGCCCGCCCCCGCCGCCGCCUCCGCCGCCGCUCGUGUGGUUCAAGCCGCGCCCGCGGGCCGGGACGGCCAUGGGAACUAGGACUUAGGAUGGUGACACUGACAAUCUCCCCGCUAAGGUAAAAGGCGGUAUCUCAAAAAGAAAUGAAAUUGUAAAUGGAACUUUCAGAUUAUACUCAUCACCCCCAUCGCCCCCGGUACGAAGACACACGACGUCUUACAUAUCGGACUGCGGUGAAAUAAGUUGGAUAUUGUAUCUGGAUAUGUCUUUAUAUGUCUACGGCGGUUAUAAUUUAAUAUUAUUAAUAUUAAUAUACAGCUUUUUACCUUAACAGGGCAGCUAUGAGCUUAGGAGAGGCUUUGUUACACUGCAGCGGGCGUGAGCGGCUGUAGUAUGAUGAGCCCUUAAGAGAUACACAGACCUUGCAACAAAUCGCGUGCAAUUUACGAUACAUUCCCGACUAAGUACCAGUUGCACCAGUCACAAACGACGGACUGAUCAACGUCACUCAGUAGAGAACCGUGAUACUUCCCAUGUAAUAAAAUUUAGGGAACAUUUUAACUGUGACAGACAGAUGCAAUCAACCCUAAAGGACAGGACACCCCACACUAGUGUCUUUUGAGCGUCAGCGUCAGGUCAGGUCAGUUGCGCCAACGUUGCGUCGAGCAACAGCCAUAGAGUUGAUUAGACGCCGACGCUCGGGUAGGGUCUGUCUAAGUAAGUGAAACAAAUUCAGUCGAUCAAUAAAAGGCCACAGACAUAUGAAAAUUGCAUGCAAUUUGUUGGAAGGUUAGUGGUGCCUUUUAGGCAGAGACUUAAAUGACAGGUUGAAAUGUCAUCAGCAAUUAUGGCCGUCACUGGAUAGAUACAGGAUUUAGAAAGUAUGAAAUUUGCUGUACUAAUUUAGGGAGCGUGCAUGAACUGUAGGGGGCAGCACAGGAGGCCAUUAAGUGGCGUGAAGAGUAAGAGUCAAGUUUAAGUUUCCGAAUUAGGUGGUAGGUCCUCUAGCGUGCACGGUACCUAUUUAAAUCAAUGAAUACCUCCUCCAAAUGUCAUUUUACAGUAACGACUAAUAUAAACAAUAAAUGGUAAAGGUAUUUUAUGACAGUUGGCGCUUACACUGUUAUUUAAGAUGCUCCAAUGCUUAUGACGCGUAAGCGCCAACCGCAAUAAGGUACCUUUACCCGUGGAACGUCACAUUUAAACACUACGACGAAACACUAGAUCUAAUAAGAAUACAAUUUGGUGUUAAUAUUGGUGCACAUACUACACAGACAAAUGAAGUCAUUUUAUUCUACAGAGUUGUAUAUUGUUGUUUUCAGUCAGUCUACUGUUGAAACGAAGGGUGGUAUUCCACUUGUCCAAUGUGCAUUGCGUCUCGCUUUCUCAUUAAGCAAAACGUGAGACGCAAAUACACAUUGGACAAAUAGACUACCAACCUAAGAUACGGCUAAGCUAGGUGUGUGUAAAACCACACUUCUGGUUUGCAGUACCCUCGUCAACGCACAUAAUUUUUAGUGUUAAACCUUAUUGCGAAAAUAUAAAGUCUCCCGGCAUAGUUAAGUGUGUUGCUGAUCGUACCUGGUACCGAACAAAAUGGCGCCCGAAACAAGAUGGCGGAAGCGGUGCUCUUGCAGUACAUUUACCAUUCAGACAAAUAUUAGGCCUUCCAGUAUUGUGAAUGUCCAACUUUUCAUCGCAAUGCAAGAUAGGUAAGCUCCUCUAUUGUAUAAAAGCUCGAAUAGAUAAUUGAGAUGCCAAUGGCAUUCAGAUUAUAUUAGAUUAUUUAUUAAUUAUGUUACACUAAUUUAUUUAUUUAUGAGACUUAAAUUAUUUAUACAAAUCCAGUGGAUAGAGAUUUGUGCAAUAACCUUUUUACAACCUGCUUUUAUUUUAAUUAGUAAAAGUCGCGUGACUUGCGUCUAGCGAAUAAGAAACAUUCCUUUUACGUACUAUUUAUUUUAAGCUAGAUUGUUAUUAACAUUGUUGUUUGUUUUAUUUCUUAUUUAUCUGUUAUGACCUAUUUAUUUAAUUUGAUUCUAGUCUGCAGCGAGUCAGAAUACUAUUCUAGUCUAAAUGAGUAUCAAAAUAUUCUAAGUCAAUCGAAGAAGUCAGAUGCAAAAUAUUUAAAGAAACUUUCCGUGUAAAUAGUCGUGUAAAAUACUUAGCUGAAUUACUAGAGUAAUCAUCCUGCUAGUACGUUGUACUUGAUCCAGACGACUCGACUGAUAAGCUUGCAAAGUCAAUAGCUUAGUGGACAUCAAACAUUAACGGAUUUUGACUUCGACUUUGCAUGGCUAUUUAGUUUAGUGGUCUAUGUUGAUACAAAAUAUAUUCCUAUGUGGGAACACUAACUUUCCAAGAGAAAUGAUCUUACCCGUGUUUAAAUAUUGUGUAAUUUGUACAAAAGCUGUUCUUUUGGUUCAAUCGGAUGUUUCUAAAAACUUAAGGUUUUUAUAAAUUAGGCAUAGUUUCCAAAGAUCCGCGUUAAACGUUAGUUAAGUAAACGUAAUCUGGAAUAA